GGAAUGAAUAGAGUUUCCUUCAACACCACAAUCAAAUUCUUCGGAAAUCAAAGAGAAAAAACCCCACAAGAACACAAUCAAUUCAUCACAUUCCUUCAUUAUCUCAUUGUUCUUGUUCUUGGUAAUAAAUUCCAUCCAAGAGAAAUGCAGAGAGAUUAUAAUGGGAAUGUUAAGCCAAGCGUUACACAGAUCGUUGUGGCUUCAUCCAUUGGGUUGAUAUUUGCUGUGGCAAUGUCUUAUCGGAUCAAGGUUAUGAGAGAUCGCAAGAUAAUGCCACUUUUGAGAAUUUCAAGGGCAGGCAAACAUACUCCAAGGCUUGAAAGAUUCUCUCAUUACGUAGCUAGACAAAUGGGGUUCAAAGAUAGGAGGAGUUGUCCUCAUCUGUGUAAAUUAGCUUCUGAAUACAUAAGGAAGGCCGACGGAUGCGAAGACGAUAUGUACGCCUUCUUCGAGGGCGAACCGGAUGCAGAUUCGCUCUUCGUGAAGCUCGUGGAGGAGUUUGAGAGAUGCAUUCUCAGUUACUUUUCAUUCCAUUGGAGCUACGGUGAUCUAUUGAUAAGUCAGAUAUUGAGCUCUGAAAAUGAGGCAAAAAAGAAGCUCAAGCACAUAGUUAUGGCCGCAACUAGAGAACAAAGGGUUGAGAGGCUAACAAAGAAUUUGAAGGUGGCGAGAGUUUUUAACACUUUAGUAGAAGAGAUGAAAGCAAUGGGACUUGUAACAACCGAUGACUCGAGAUGCACAGAAGUAAUGGCUCCAGUAGCUCAUAGCGAUAGAAGCCCGGUGCUUCUCUUCAUGGGUGGUGGCAUGGGAGCCGGCAAGAGCACUGUGCUCAAGGACAUUCUUAAAGAACCUUUUUGGGCCGGAGCGGCAGGAAAUGCUGUUAUCAUUGAGGCAGAUGCCUUCAAAGAAUCAGAUGUUAUCUAUAGAGCCCUUAGUUCAAGGGGGCAUCAUGACAUGAUUCAAACAGCUGAAUUGGUUCACCAAUCCUCCACAGAUGCAGCCUCAUCACUCCUAGUAACUGCACUAAAUGAAGGGAGGGAUGUGAUCAUGGAUGGAACACUCUCUUGGGUACCAUUUGUAGUGCAAACAAUAACCAUGGCCAGAAACGUCCAUCGGAAGCGUUACCGGAUGGGUGUCGGCUACAAGUUGAACAGUGAUGGAUCUGUAAUUGAAAACUAUUGGGAAAUUAUUGAUGAUGAAGAACCUGAACAAGUUGGAGGGAAAAAAAGAAAACCAUAUAGAAUAGAGUUGGUUGGAGUAAUUUGUGAUGCUUACCUUGCCGUCAUUAGAGGCAUAAGGAGAGCUAUCAUGUGUAGAAGAGGAGUAAGAGUGAAAUCUCAAUUAAAAUCUCACAAAAGGUUUGCUGAUGCAUUUAUGACAUAUUGUAACCUAGUAGACAAUGCCAGGUUAUACAGUACCAAUGCUUUGGAAGGCCCACCCAAGUUGAUAGGAUGGAAAGAUAGAGACAAGACACUACUUGUUGAUCCAGAUGAAAUUGAUUGUUUGAGGAGAGUUGCAAGGUUGAAUGAAGAUGCUGAAUCCAUAUAUGAGCUUUACAAGCAUCCUAAUCCAGCUUUUGAAGCAGGAUCAAUUUGGAAAGACAUUGUAUUAUCCCCUUCAAGGCUCAACAUCCAACAAGAGCUUAAGUAUUCUAUCCAAAAAAUUGAGAGACUCAAAGAUAACUUCAUGAAGGAGUGAUAAUGUUUUUUCAACCUUCUACACUUUAAUUAAGAUUUCAUAGGUUAUUGGAGUUUUGUAGAAGAGCAAAACUCAAUUUAUGUUGUACAAACUACACCAACAACAUAGUUAAAAUCUUGAUUUUGAAAAGUGUAUCAUUUCUUUUUAUGCUUA